CGCACAGCUGAUCAACAGAAUUUAAAACCCCAACACCCACACUGUGUGGUGGUAGUGGACAAGGAGAAGCUGAACACACCACACAACUGACUGGUGUUGUCAAACAGGAGCAAAGAGUGGGAUGGCAGACUUUCAACUGCGCGAAUACCAGGAGGAAGUGGUUGAAAGGGCUCUUCGGAGAGAGAACGUAAUCAUUUGGCUGCCGACGGGAGGUGGAAAGACCCGUGCUGCUGUGUAUGUGGCCAAAAAACACCUGGAGACCACGCCACGGGCUAAGGUGAUGGUCCUGGUUAACAAGGUUCACCUUGUAGACCAACAUCACAACAAAGAGUUCAAGCCUCACCUGGGCCAUGACUACACCCUGGUGGCAGUCAGUGGAGAGAGUGAGGAGAAGGACUUCUUUGGGCGAGUGGUACGGGACAACGACGUGGUCAUCUGCACAGCACAGAUCUUGUACAAUGCCCUGACUAACAUGGAGGAAAACAAACAUGUUGAGCUCUCAGAUAUUACUCUACUGAUAAUCGAUGAGUGUCACCACACCCACAAGGACUCAGUCUACAACCAGGUGAUGGCGUGCUACGUGGAGAAAAAGUUGAAAGGAGAAAAACCAUUGCCACAGAUCCUCGGUCUCACUGCAUCACCGGGGACGGGGGGCGGGAGGACCCUGGAAAAGGCUGUGGGGCAUGUACUGCAGAUUUGUUCCAAUCUGGACUCAGCCAUAGUUUCAACAAAAAACUAUGUCUCCGAGCUGAAGGAGAAAGUACCCAGACCACUCAAGAGUUUUGACAUUGUGGAGAAAAGGCUUCAGGAUCCAUUUGGGGAUCAUCUGAAGAGCAUGAUGCAGAUGAUCCAUGAGUACAUGGACCUUCCUCCAGAUGUCAAACUGAGACAGUGUGGCACACAAGAGUAUGAGGCCGAUGUGGUGGUACUAGAGCAGCGUGGAGUAAGACAGGACAACAGACUGCUAGCACAAUGUGCACUCCACCUCAGACAGUACAAUGAUGCCCUGCUCAUCAAUGACACCCUGCGAAUGAUGGAUGCCUAUCGCUCCCUAGAGGAGUUCUACAUCAAUAAGUUCAUCACAGCGAUUGAUGGAACAGACUUCUUCCUGGUGGGACUUUUCCAAGAGAAUCAGGUGGAGCUGCAGAAAUUUGCAAGAGACUCUCGCUAUGAGAACCCAAAGAUGGGCAAACUUGAGAGCACUCUGCUACAACAGUUUAGUCCAAAUGUGAAAUCAAAGGGGAUCCUCUUCUCCAAAACCCGUAAAAGCAUCCACUGCCUAAAGGACUGGGUCCUCAACAAUAAAGCCUUACAGUCAGCUGGCAUCAAAGCAGACUUCCUCACUGGGUCAGGCAAUGGUAGCACUUACAUGACACAGAAUGAGCAAGCGGACACAAUCCGCAAUUUCCGCGAAGGUACUCUCAACCUCCUGAUCUCCACCAGUGUGGCUGAAGAAGGCCUUGACAUCCCUGAAUGCAACCUGGUGGUUCGCUAUGGGCUGCUUACAAAUGAGAUUGCCCAGCAGCAGGCCAGCGGACGUGCCCGAGCGAAAGACAGCAAGUAUUCAGUGGUCGCCCAGAAAGGGGGGCGGGAAGUGCAGAGGGAGCUCACCAAUGAAUAUCUGGAAGAGCUGACAGGAAAAGCCAUUGCUAAGGUCCAGGAAAUGAGCCUCAGAGAGUUUCACACAAAGAUAACUGAGCUACAAAAGGAGGCAGUUAUUUGCAGGAAAAUUGCAGAGAGCCGCAAAGUAGAAAAAAAGAGUCGCAACACUGCCGCUAAUGUCCAGCUCUUGUGUCGAAACUGUUUCAAGUCUGUGGCCUCUGGCAGUGACAUUAAACUUCUUGACAAUCAGCACUUUGUCAACGUCAAUCCUGACUUUAAGAGACACUACAAAGUCGGUGUGCAGGUGGUGCUAGAAAGGAGCUUUGAGGACUGGGAGCCCGGGUGUACAAUCAGUUGCAGCCACUGCAACAAGGACUGGGGAUAUGAGAUGAAGUACAAGAAGGUUGCCCUGCUACCCAAUCUUAAGAUUAAGAACUUGGCCCUGGAAACUCCUCAAGGCAGGACGACUGUAAAGAAGUGGAAGGAUGUCCCUUUCACUGUUGAGGACUUCAGCUUGGCAGAAUACUGCGAAGACAACUUCCCCGACCUCUUCGAUUGAGACGCCAACAAGAGAGCUCUGUGUGAGGUUUCCCCCAACUUCACAUGUACAUUUUUAUCUGUUUUUCCAUUUCAGUCUAUUGGUGUUAGAUAGAUCUGUGCUCAUUUAAAGUGAACAUCAUUGUAUUGUUAAGGAACACAAGGUUUUAAACGAUUCAUUCCUUACAUUCUUGCAUUCAUUUGUGCUGCCGGGCCAGUGAGGCAGCAGUGUGCUAAAACCCCUUACACAUCGAUCAUGCUUGAAAUUAGCAUGACAGCUUUGUUUAUGCCCAAGGUCCUUACUCCCUUUACAUGUGUUUGUGUGCAUUUUCUCUGCUUCUUAUCAAACCUUGUUUCUGUGCUUAUACCAAGCACAGAAACAAGGCAUACAAUGAACUCUGCUGUAACAUGAACCUUAACCAUCAUGAACACUUGACAUGUCAUGAAGAUGAAUUCUCAUAAACUCACUUUUAGCUAUUUUAAAACGUUUUUAAAUGGCAAUGUAUGUACAUGUAUGUACAUACUAUGUACAUACUACUGUGUCUGCAGUAUGCCGUUAUUGUGUAAGUACUAAUCUCAAAUAAUGUAUGUAAUUUAUUUAAGCAUUUUACUGGAUAUAGCCAUUUUAUUUUGUUGCUGUAUACUAUUUUAUGACAAAUAAUUAUGACCAAUAUAAAUAAACAAACUAAAUGGAAAUACAAUUAAAAUAAAAACUUCUCUUGAAAAUGCCUAACAGAUCUUUUGUAAUUAUAUUUGCAUUUUCUUUAACCACUAGGUGUCAGUGUUGGUUAGCCAAUCAAGUCAGACACAAUUUCUCUACCUCAGACUUGCUGUAAUAAUCAGGUUGAGGAAGAGAAAUGUGUAACUCUCUUCUCACACUCACCAAACUUAGCUGAUUUAGCCUUGAGCAAGGCACGGUGUCCCCAAACUACUUUACUACUUCACCAGUACAAGGUGGUUGGUUACAGCCUGCAGGUGUCUGUACGUGACAUCUGAAAAAGAUACAUUGUACUCAGUUGACAAUAAAGGGAACAAAGCAUG